AUGGCCAUAUCUUACUCGUCCACUCCCAUGGCUGCCCAUAGCGAUGUAGGAGAAUCUGAUAGCGAUGAUUCUGCAUCGGAUUGGAACCCCAACACGGAACUUUCCUCGAGUAUAUGGGAUAAGCGGGCCGAAGCCCCGCAGAAGAAGACGAGACAUGGGAAGCUGAAGACGCAACAAGCAAUUUUGCCCAUCGGUUCAGUCACACCGACACCAGAGGAAGAGGAUUUCACAAAUACAUGUCUAGAGCUCCUUAAGCAACCCUCUAUCAGCCCCAUCUCACCUCACUCCAAUGCGGAAGUCAGCUAUGACGAUCUCGGCAAGCAUACGAGUUUAGACUACGUACACACGCUUCCAGUCCCAGAACAAGAGGAGGAGAUACCGGCCCAUGACCCAGCACAUGCUUGCGGUGAUCAAAAACCUCUCAAGGACCUCAACGCAGAAAAGGAGAAACCAGCCCAUGAACCAACACAUGCCGGCGAUGACCAAGAUUCUUCCGAGAACCUCACCUCAGAAAAGGAAAAACACCUCCAAAACCUCGCCUUCGACGAGCUAGUCGAAGUGCUCCAGAUCCCAAACCCGCAACACUCCACUCUGUCCAAGCUCCAGCCAUAUGUAAACAACAUAUACACGCCAAAGACGUACGAAAGAAUGAAGAUGACAUUAGGCCCUGCCUUUAGCAAGGCUUACGAAGCGAUGCAGCUAUGGCACGAAAUCCACGGAAAGCUAAGAGAAUUCAGAGAGACUACCAAGUAUGAGGGCAAGGCUGGUGCGGACUGGCAGGCUUAUAAACAGGCUUUGAGAUCGGUUUCUUGGAAGGAGUCCUUGCCGGCUAUGACUGCGCAUCGUCAGCUGGGUCUGUUUGUGGAUGAGUCUAAGAAGCGCGGAGAGUGGUUCGUGUCGAGCGCCGGUUUUGCGGACUGUCUAGCCCGCUUCUAUGCUACACUGCUGCAGCCACCGAAUAUAUCUGCGGAGGAUCUUGUUGGUGGGUUUGAGGAGUAUAAUGCUGAGCUUCUAAAGUGGUUCGAGGUUGGAGGAUGA